AUGGCGAGUCCCGACUGGGUAAGAGCCAAUAAACUCUACGAUGCAUCACGUGACGCGCUGGAGGCCCCCUGGCAGCCAGCGGGGACUGGGGCGGGCCCCUCCCCUUGGGCGUUGCCUUGGCCGCUGGAAGAGGGACCUGUGACUGCUAGCGGAAUUCGCGGAGUUCACUCAAAAUCUCAGAUCAGUGAAUGGCCAGGGAACUUUGCAUCCGUCGAGUCGCGCGAAGACGUGCGACGAGGCAUUGUAGCGACGGCCGCUGGGCAAACAAAAACCGAAUGCGACAGAGGGAUGGAUCUCCUCGAGAACCAGGUCAAUGACCUCAAAUACCUGAGCCAGAAUGCCAUCACCCCCCUGCCCGACUCGACAGGCUUCACGCCGCAAAGUGCAGCUUCUCCCGUUUCCGCGGUCGGCCAUAAUUCCGCGCAACAUCACCACGGAGCCUCGAGUUCGACUACCACUUCCGACAAUCACAAUGCUACCUCUGGCGUCGUUGCCGCUGGAUCCAAGAGGAAGGAUCUAGAUGAUGGCUCGCAGAAUGGAAGCAGCAAGCAGCAGCGAAGCAAGCGGAACCGCUACAUCUCCAUCGCCUGUAAUGAGUGCAAGCGUCGCAAGAUUAAGUGCAAUGGCGAGACACCAUGCCAACGAUGUGGCAAUCUCAACCUUCAAUGUCUCUACGCGCCCAAUUGCUGCACCAACAACUUCAAGGACUCGGAAGAGUUUAAGCAGAUGAACAGCACCGUUUCGCGCCUCCAGGAACAAGUUGAGACCCUCUUCAAUAACAUCAGCAGCCUGCGGUCCGAGACGUUACGGCUCGCUCCUCUUCAACCUCAGGAUAGGGUUCUGCCUUUACCAGCCCCCGCGAGCACAGGCACUCCUUCAUCUUCAGCUUCAGGCGCGCCUCAUCAUCGACCCGACGUGAGCCAUCCACGCCAGCCAGGCUUCCGAGGCCCGACCAGCACUCACUUUAGCCUUGAUGUCGCCAAAAAUACCCUGCACAAGAUGGGCUACAGUAACAUGGGCGAAGAGGCACCCGAUGAUGGUGCUAUCCCACCAGAGGAGACGCCGGGAACAUCGCCAAUGCUCGCAUCAGCCGCCCCUGACUCGCAGCGCCCUUUCCCGGACCCUCUUUGGGAAUUUGACAAGGACGAGAUGAUUCGCCUCUGCCGAGUCUACGAGGAGGAGGUCGGUAUCAUGUACCCCGUCAUCCGAGUCGAAACUGUUGUAAACCACACCAAGAUCCUUGCCUCGUGGAUGGAUGCAGUCAAAAAGCACUUCCAGAAGCGUCCCGUGAGCCAAGAGGCCGGUAUCUCGGACCACAAGACUGUCAUUCUCAAGCUGGUCAUGGCCACAGCUCUGAUAGUUGAAGAGCACGGUGACAGCAGCAAGGCGGUUAGAAUUCUGGACAGUAUACAGCCCAUUCUCAACAGAAUGCUCAUGAGCGAUCCGAGUGACGUUGCCAACCUGCCGCUGCUUUGUCUGCUUGGUGUCUACCACUUCCUCGCCAACGAUGAAAUUCUCGCAUGGAGGGUGGUUGGCCAGGCUUUGCGGCACUGCAUUGAGUUGGGAUUGCAUCGACGCGAGGCGAUCCUGCGGAUACCGGAUGAGGAGGAUCGCCGUAACGCCAUCCACACCUUUUGGAGCUCGUAUGUUUUGGACCGACGGUGGAGUUUUGGUACUGGGCUUCCUUAUGUUGUCUCAGACGACGAGAUUGAUCCAAAUCUCCCUCUACCGCAAGCCCAGGACCAACAUCCAUAUCUGGUAGCUAUGGUGUCAUACUCACAGCUUAGUGCUAAAGUAUGGCGUCUAGUGAGGCACUUUGAACCCAAUAUGGCUCUGGAUCUUCGCCAGAAUGACAUUGAGGAACUUGACCGCCAAAUCAAGCAAUGGUACACGGAAGUUCCUGCAGAAGUCCAACUCGAACUUGAGGAUUGGGAGUCCAUGCCACCGGAGAUCAGCUCGGCUAUGCAUACCCAAAAGGACUACAAUCUCCAACGUCUACAGAUCUGGACCUAUCUGCGCCUGAAUCAGAUACGAACAUGGCUGCAUAUGCCGAUUUUGCACACUCACAGUAGCAUCAUGGAAAACCUCCGGGGCGCAGAACAAGCCGUCAAGCUUGCCAAGAAUACCAUCAAGUACCUGACUCAUCUCAACAGUACGACGAACAUUUACCGCAAGAUUCAGGUGUUCUACCACCAAUUCCUGACCUCAGCAAUUGCCGUACUCUUUCUAGCUUCUUGCCAUGCGCCCGUCAACUUCAGUGCCGCCUGUCGCGAUGAAUUCUACAUGGCGCUUGAACUUGUUCGAGACCUGAGCACCAAGUCGUGGGUGUCACAACGUCUUUGGCGGACCAUCAAGUCCCUCAAAGAAGUGGCACCGCGACUGGGACUUGCCGAGGUGGAUGAUCCUCACUCAAGCGCAGCAUUAGCCAUGGCAGGCUUGGCCACGGGGCAUAUGGGGCCGGCCACGACACCGCCAGCCGGUUCUACGGCGGCAUUCACCCGACCUGUGCCGCCCACUAGUGCACCUCCAAAUGGUGUACCGGCCGUCGAUGGUGCCCAAAACGGAUGGCAGAUUUCGCAUGAGAUGUCAAGAAUUUUUGAAGGAUACAUGGGCAUGAAUGGCUUCCCACCCCCGCCUCUUGACCCUCUUGGUGCUUCUGCAGACCCAAGCCGCGCAGGUAGCGAACUUACCCAGCCUGUCCCCGUGGACGACGGCGUGCCCAUCGGGCCAUUUGGCGUUUCUGUGUCAGGAGCUGCCGUCCCAAGCGUUUACAGUCAUUUUAGGGACAUGUUUUAA